CAAUCGGUUACCGACUAUUUAAAAACUCUCUCUAUCUUGGCUCAGAUCCGCACAACCAUAACGAGGCUCCGUCUAUGUCUACGUAAACUACAUCUAUUUACUCUCCUUUUUCUAUUACUACCGCCACCACCAUUUCUUUCUUAUAAGCUUCACGCUCUCAACGGUCGCACUGCAAGAUCUCUGCAACUUCUCGGCUUUUCCCGAAUCGACGAUGGCUUCCACGGCCCUCGAGUCCACCACCGACAUCCUCUCCAAACUCGGCAUCCAUGCCGAUUUCGCCGCCUCCGCGCCUAAUUUGCAGAAGAACCUCCGCCUUCUCUCCGCGGAACAGAUUGAGCUGGCGAGGUUGCUGUUGGAGAUGGGGCAGAGUCACUUGUUCGAGCAUUGGGCUGAGCCUGGCGUCGAUGACGAGGAAAAGAAAGGUUUUUUUGAGCAGGUGGCUCGGCUUAAUUCAAGCUAUCCUGGGGGCUUGACAUCUUAUAUUAAAACUGCCAGGGAACUUUUAGCAGAUUCAAAAGCAGGAAGGAACCCAUUUGAUGGCUUCACACCUUCUGUUCCAAAAGGAGAGGUUUUGACUUUUGGUGACAACAACUUUAUCAAUUUCGAGGAGACAGGCGUAAGGGAAGCCCAAAAAGCAGCAUUUGUUCUUGUUGCAGGAGGGCUUGGGGAACGCCUGGGAUACAACGGAAUAAAGGUGGCUCUUCCAGCUGAGACCACUUCAGGGACAUGUUUCUUACAGUAUUACAUCGAGUCUAUUCUGGCUCUUCAAGAAGCUAGCUGUAGACUCACACAAGGUGAUUGUCAAGCACAAAUUCCUUUCGUUAUAAUGACAUCAGAUGACACGCAUGCACGUACUAUACAGCUGUUAGAAUCAAAUUCUUAUUUUGGGAUGGAACCUACGCAAGUAAAACUUCUAAAGCAGGAAAAAGUUGCAUGUUUGGCUGAUAAUGAUGCCAGGCUUGCAAUUGACCCCCAUAACAAAUACAUAAUUCAGACAAAACCUCAUGGCCAUGGUGACGUGCAUGCACUUCUUUUUUCUAGUGGCCUUCUGAAAGAUUGGCAUGCUGCUGGUAUGAGAUGGGUUCUGUUCUUCCAAGAUACAAAUGGACUUCUAUUCAAUGCAAUUCCAUCAGCUCUGGGUGUAAGUGCUACCAGACAAUACCAUGUUAACUCUCUUGCUGUUCCACGUAAAGCAAAAGAAGCAAUUGGAGGAAUUACCAAACUUACUCAUACUGAUGGGAGGGCGAUGGUGAUCAAUGUGGAAUACAAUCAGCUUGAUCCUCUGCUUAGAGCAACUGGACAUGAUGAGGGAGAUGCUAAUGAUGAGACUGGCUAUUCUCCUUUCCCAGGGAAUAUAAACCAAUUGAUUUUGGAACUUGAUCCCUACAUUGAGGAGCUCACAAAAACAAGAGGUGCUAUUAAGGAGUUUGUUAACCCAAAAUACAAAGAUGCUAGCAAAAGUUCAUUUAAAUCCUCAACUCGACUUGAGUGUAUGAUGCAAGACUAUCCAAAAACUUUGCCUGCAUCAGCAAGGGUUGGAUUUACGGUGAUGGAUCCAUGGCUUGCUUAUGCACCUGUAAAGAACAACCCUGAGGAUGCUGCUAAGGUACCAAAAGGAAAUCCAUAUCAUAGCGCAACUUCUGGAGAAAUGGCCAUCUAUCGUGCGAACAGCCUUACUCUUAGGAAGGCUGGUGCCCAAGUUAGCGAUCCAGUACUACAGGUGUUCAAUGGGCAAGAGGUAGAAGUAUGGCCUCGUAUCGCAUGGAAACCCAAAUGGGGUCUGACUUUUGCAGAAAUCAAAAGAAAAGUUUGUGGAAGUUGCGCUAUUUCUCAGAGGUCGACUAUGGCCAUUAAGGGCCGUAACAUCUUUCUUGAGGAUCUCUCCUUGGAUGGAGCUCUUCUCAUCGAUGCUAUUGAAGAUGCUGAAGUAAAAGUACGAGGUUCAGUGCAGAAUAAAGGUUGGAUCCUCGAAAAUGUUGAUCACAAAGAUGCUUCGGUGCCUGAGGAACUUAGGAUCAGGGGUUUCAAAAUCAACAAAAUAGAGCAGCUUGAAAAGAAUUACUCCGAGCCUGGCAAGUUUUGCUUGAACCCUUGAAUGCGAACUCCGGAGAAUUUUUUCAUAUUAUUUUUCAACCUAGAAAUAAUUUUUUCUUUAUUUUGUAACUUAUUUAUUUAGCUUAACUUGGGUCUGAAAAUGUUUUGUGAAAUAAUGAUAUCUGAGCCGUCAGGUAAAUUUUUUGCA